CAAGAGGACAGAGUAUACUCAACGUAGUACAAUCCAGGUCCACCAGAGCCAAUAAAUUAAAAUAAUAUAGAAAGAUCUCUCAAACUCUCAACUCUGUUUGGCUCAAAAUAAGGUAUACCGCCUUCUCUUCUUCUGCAGCUGCUAAAUGGAGCAAACAUGACUACAAUAACAACGAACCCAUUUCCAGUAAAUCACCCUCUCACGUUUCAUAGGGUUGCUCAACCAAGCCCUCCGACGCCCUUCAACUCCGCCAACUCCAAACAUAAUACCCACCCGCUUACAGCCUACACCUACAGCACCAAACACGCCGAGCCCAAGCUCUCCGCCACAUCCCACGAGGACCAGCCACUCCUAUUUCUUCUCCGUCAGCGAAAGACAGAGGAAGCAUGGCUUACCUAUUCUCAGUCCACCCGUCUCCCCGGCUCAACCUGCCUCAGCCGGCUGGUCUGCCAAUUGUCCUACCAGAACACCAAAGAAGGCUUCACCAGGGCCCAAACCAUCAUCCAACGCCUCCGCGACGAGCGCCAGCUGCACCGUCUCGAUGCCAAUUCCCUCGGUCUCCUUGCCGUGUCUGCCGUCAAGGCUGGCCACACCCUUUACGCUACCUCCAUUAUUAAGUCUAUGCUUCGCUCUGGUUAUCUUCCCCAUGUUAAGGCAUGGAGCGCCGUCGUUAGUCGUCUCGCCGCGUCCGGUGAUGAUGGUCCUACCGAGGCUCUACGACUAUUUAAUUCCGUAAUCCGGCGUGUCCGGCGUGUUGCCGACCCUGCCAUAGCCGCUGAUGCCCGGCCCGAUACGGCUGCCUACAAUGCCGUGCUUAAUGCCUGUGCCAAUCUCGGCAACACUGGGAAAUUUUUGCAGUUGUUCGACGAAAUGCCUGAAUUCGAUGUCAAGCCCGAUGUGCUCACCUACAAUAUUAUGAUCAAGCUCUGUGCUAGAGCUGAUCGCAAAGACUUACUUGUCUUUGUUUUGGAUCGGAUUCUUGAUGAAGGGAUUGAUCCCUGCAUGACCACUUUUCAUUCACUUCUUGCAGCCUAUGUUGGUUUUGGCGAUUUGGAGACCGCAGAGAAAAUGGUUCAGGCCAUGAGAGAAGGUAGGAGGGAUCUUUGUAGAAUCCUCAAGGAUUCGAAUUGGGAGAAUUCAGAGAACGCAGAUGAAGUGUUUGUGAAAUUGCUUCCUAGAUCAAAGAUAUCGAGUGACCACGACCCACCUUUGUUGCCUAAAGAGUAUGCUCCGGACUCUAGAAUCUACACUACCUUGAUGAAGGGGUACAUGAAAGAAGGCCGUGUCAGUGACGUGGUGCAAAUGCUUGAGGCGAUGCGGCAUCAAAGGGACAGCACCAGCCAUCCUGACCAUGUCACAUACACCACUGUUGUCUCUACCCUUGUCAAAGCGGGUUCGAUGGAUCGAGCACGACAGGUACUUGCUGAGAUGGCUCGAGUUGGGGUGCCUGCAAACCGUAUCACUUACAACAUCCUCCUCAAGGGAUAUUGCCAACAGCUCCAGUUAGAAAAGGCCAAGGAGCUGGUUCGAGAGAUGGCUGAUGAUGCAAGUAUUGAGCCUGAUGUUGUUUCUUACAACAUCUUAAUUGAUGGAUGCAUACUUAUUGAUGACAGUGCAGGUGCCCUUGCCUACUUCAACGAGAUGCGAACACGGGGAAUUGCUCCAUCCAAAGUCAGUUACACAACUCUGAUGAAAGCCUUCGCAUUGACAGGUCAACCGAAGCUAGCUCAUAAGGUGUUUGAUGAGAUGCUCAAAGAUCCGAGAGUGAAAGUAGAUCUUGUUGCAUGGAAUAUGUUGGUUGAAGGAUACUCUAGAUUGGGAUUGGUUGAAGAAGCGAAGAAGAUCAUUCAAAAUAUGAAAGAAAAUGAUUUUUACCCCGAUGUCGCUACUUAUGGCAGCCUUGCAAAUGGGAUUGCAUUGGCUAGAAAGCCAGGAGAGGCUCUUUUGCUUUGGAAUGAGGUAAAGGAGAGAUGUGGACAGAAGAAGGUAGAAGACUCUUCUUCUUCUGCUCCACCAUUGAAGCCUGACGAAGGGCUACUUGAUACUCUGGCUGAUAUAUGUGUGAGAGCUGCUUUCUUCAAGAAGGCUUUGGAGAUUGUGGCUUGCAUGGAAGAAAAUGGGAUACCACCAAAUAAGACCAAAUUCACAAAAAUCUAUGUGGAGAUGCAUUCAAGGAUGUUCACGAGCAAGCAUGCCUCAAAGGCUAGGCAGGACCGAAGGAUGGAGAGGAAGAGGGCUGCAGAGGCUUUCAAGUUUUGGUUGGGACUCCCGAAUUCUUAUUAUGGUAGUGAAUGGCGGCUUGAACCGGAUGAUGGGGAUGAUUAUUCCACGGAUUCUUUUUAACUGUAAGAGAUAUUCUGGUGCUUUGUAAUUAGGGAACUGGAGUACGAAGUUAUGCCUAUAAUUUAAUUCAUGAAUACAAUAAUGCAGAGCACAUGAAAGAUAGAAAUGUAAAUCCAAAUCUGUUACUUCGAUUUGAUCUUAUAUAUAUUUCAAUUGCACAGUUGAAAGAACUUAUCUCAAUUGGGAAAGUUGAAGGAACUUAUAUUUACAAAGAACUAUUUCUGUGACUGAAACUUGGAUUUCAACUGUAAUAUUAUUAUAUACAAACGGGUUUCCUUAAGCUAGGAUCCAUGUGAAAACCUGCAAAUCCCACCAGAAAAGGGAACCCCAAAAGGAAUAGAAUAAGAAACACAAGCACCACAACUAUCUCAAGAACUUGGUUGAGUAUGGAUUUGGUAUUUAUGCCAUCACUUUAUGAUACAAGAAAUGAUAGGGCUUGCUUUCAUCCAACCUGGCAGAGGAAAAAGACGAUCAUAUCUGGAAAAAAGGCGACUCUGUUUCUAUUCUGCAGAACUUUAGCACCUUACCUUGAUAAUUGACUCCAAGAGUAAGAUUCAUGUCUGAGAUUUUAUGGGGUACCCUACCCACUUGAACAAGUUUUUCCCUUCUUUUUAAUUGGAACUCACUGGAAUAAGGUUGCAUGAGCCCAAAAAGUAGUAAGGAUAUUUUUGUGAGUGCCGAUGAUAUUAGGAAAUGGAAUGAGCCUAGUUAAUCUGAAAUAUGAGAUUGGAUUUGAGUCAGACAAUACAUAAGUAAGUUUUGUGUGAAAGUAAUGUCAUUGUUUUCAGGGUUAUCUACAAAACUAACCAAGAUACUCGUCUAUGAGUAAUGUAAGGCAGAUGAUUUGGAUUACAAUUGAAGCAACAAGUGCAAGAUAUUGGUUUUAGACAUUUGAUGGACUACGGGUUUUCUUCCACAUCUUAUACAAAAAUCUGUACAGCACCUGAUAUUCUCCUUGGCCUUUCUUCAAGUAGAUAACCAACCUCCCCUGUUCAAGUUUUCAACAAACGUAUCAAUUUCUGCAACUCUUGGAUCAAUCCUAUCUGCAAAA